AUGAGUUUGCACGAGCCUGUUAGUGCAGCCGAGGGAGUUCCUUUCUUCACUCCAAAGCAAAUAUUGAGAGCUGGUACUGCUGUUGUGCCUCAGCCAGAUGGGAAAGAAAUUCCAAAAUUAUUCCAACCGUUGAAGGUUAGAGGAUUCUCUUUGCAAAAUAGAAUUGGAUUGGCGCCUAUGUGUCAAUAUUCUGCCAACGCUAAGUUUGAAGCAACACCAUGGCAUGUAGUUCACUAUGGGGAAAUAAUUAAGCGUGGUCCAGGAUUGUCAUAUACUGAAGCAACUUCUGUCUCUCCAGAGGGAGGACUCUCUCCUCAAGAUUUGGCAAUAUUCAAUGAUGAGCAAGCCAAGAAGUUGAAAGAUGUGGUUGAUUUCGUUCACUCUCAAAAUCAGCAUAUUGGUAUACAACUUGCACAUGGUGGCCGUAAGGCUAGCGGACUUCCAUUAUAUGAACAUUUAGAGAAGGUGGCUGACGAAUCUGUUGGAGGAUGGCCAGAAAAAGUGGUCGGUCCAUCUCCAAUUCCUCAUAGACCACAGGGUUCCUUGCCUACUCCAAAAGAGUUGUCUGUUCUGGAUAUUAAAAGAAUUGUGAAGGAAUUUGGUUCUGCUGCAAAGAGAGCAGUUGAGAUUAGUGGAUUCGAUAUUAUUCAAAUUCAUGGUGCUCAUGGUUACUUAAUUAACAAUUUUUACUCUCCUCUUUCCAAUAAGAGAACAGAUGAUUACGGUGGUUCAUUUGAAAACAGGAUUAGACUUUUGUUAGAAAUUAUUGAUGAAGUUAGAGCUAAUAUUCCUGAGGACUUCCCAUUAUCAUUGAGAAUUUCAGCUUCUGAUAAUUCAGUAGAUGAUGUUGCUUCAUGGACAAUUGAAGAUUCGGUCAAAUUGGCGCCAUUGGUGAUUGCUAGAGGUGUGGAUAUCAUUGCCAUUUCAUCCGGAGGCAACGAUUCGUCAGCUAGAGCAAGAACCCCAUUUGACUCUGUUCAUGCUGACUUCGCAAAGGCUGUCAAGUCUGCUGUCGGAGACACAGGCUUAGUUUCAUGUGCUGGCUCGUUAAAGACCGCUACAGCUGCUAACAAGUAUAUUGAAGAUGGCGCAUUUGAUAUUGCCGAAUUUGGUAGAGCCUUCCUUAAAAACCCUGCACUCGUUAAUCAAUUUGCUGAUGAGUUAGGAGUUAGAAUUAAUAACCCAAGGCAACUUGAGUGGGCAUUCCACACUGAUAGAAAUCAAAUGAUUGAGGCUAUUACGGAAGCUGCACAUAAGGUAGCUGCACUCGAGUUAAAUAAGUAG